UGGCCUCAGAAGGUUAUCCAUCUCUCCUGCCAACCAUGGAGACAUAUUUAGACAGGACCAGGUGGGGACUGAGGGGUGCCAAUUUCAGGGGGCAGCUCCGGUUCCCUCCCCGCCCCCUGCUCCUAUUCCUCCUCCUGACCCUUUUUCCCUUGGCUCUGUCGGCAGUUUCUCCAGGACUCAGCAGUGUCCUCUGUCCACUGCUCUGGGUCAUUCCCCAAUCCCCCCUCCCACUUGAGCCCUUAACUCAGAAUCUGGGACCCAGGGGCCCCUCCCUACCCCAGCUAACCUCUUCUGGACCAGGAGAGCCAACCCAGAUCCCACUACCUCCAUGAGCACUACAGACAGGAUGGGGCCCAGAGCUGUGCCGGGUCUGCCGCUGGCGCUGCUGUUGCUGCUGGUGCUAGGGACACCCAAGUCAGGGGUACAGGGGGAGGAAGGGCUGGACUUCCCUGAGUACGAUGGUGUGGACCGUGUGAUCAAUGUCAAUGCAAAGAACUACAAGAAUGUGUUCAAGAAGUAUGAGGUGCUGGCACUCCUCUACCAUGAACCCCCCGAGGAUGACAAGGCCUCACAAAGACAAUUUGAGAUGGAGGAGCUGAUCCUGGAGUUAGCAGCCCAAGUCCUAGAAGACAAGGGUGUUGGCUUCGGGCUGGUAGACUCUGAGAAGGAUGCAGCUGUGGCCAAGAAACUAGGCCUAACUGAAGUUGACAGCAUGUAUGUAUUCAAGGGAGAUGAAGUCAUUGAGUACGAUGGCGAGUUUUCUGCUGACACCAUCGUGGAGUUUCUGCUUGAUGUCCUAGAGGACCCUGUGGAAUUGAUUGAAGGUGAACGAGAGCUGCAGGCAUUUGAGAAUAUUGAGGAUGAGAUCAAACUCAUUGGCUACUUCAAGAGCAAAGACUCAGAGCAUUACAAAGCCUUCGAGGAUGCGGCUGAGGAGUUUCAUCCCUACAUCCCCUUCUUCGCCACCUUCGACAGCAAGGUGGCAAAGAAGCUGACCCUGAAGCUGAAUGAGAUUGAUUUCUACGAGGCCUUCACGGAAGAGCCUGUGACCAUCCCAGACAAGCCCAACAGCGAAGAGGAGAUUGUCAACUUCGUGGAGGAGCACAGGAGAUCAACCCUGAGGAAACUGAAGCCAGAGAGUAUGUAUGAGACCUGGGAGGAUGAUAUGGAUGGAAUCCACAUUGUGGCCUUCGCAGAGGAAGCUGAUCCUGAUGGUUUCGAGUUCUUAGAGACUCUCAAGGCUGUGGCCCAAGAUAACACUGAAAACCCAGAUCUUAGCAUCAUCUGGAUUGACCCUGAUGACUUCCCCCUGCUGGUCCCAUACUGGGAGAAGACGUUUGACAUCGACUUGUCAGCCCCACAAAUAGGAGUCGUCAAUGUUACUGAUGCGGAUAGCGUAUGGAUGGAAAUGGACGACGAGGAGGACCUGCCUUCUGCUGAGGAGCUGGAGGACUGGCUGGAGGAUGUGCUGGAGGGCGAGAUCAACACAGAGGACGAUGACGAUGAUGAUGAUGAUGAUGACUAGUUGCUAUGGCAACCAUCUUUCAGCCCCAAUGGUCUUUUCAUGCUCUCUCCUGCCUUCCCUUGUCCUUCCCUGAGUUCCUCCAGGGAGACUAGGUUAUCUCUGCCAUAGAGCUAACUGGGGUCUAUACGCUGGGUGCUGAGACCCUGAUCCCCCUCAUUUGAUGAGGAAAUGAGCUACUUUUCUCUAGACACCAGCCCAGCUCUCUCUUACCUGACUUCUGUUUCUUAUCCCAUAACUUACUUGUAUCUAUUAUGUGUCUCUUCCAUCACUCUCCAUACUCUUUCUUGUGAUUCUCCUCUAGCCAUAUAUAUGGGCCCCAUCUCUGUUCUGUUCCCUCCAUCUAUGCACAGCUUUCCCCCACUCUCUCUAAUCCUGUAUCUUUCUGACUGUCCUGUCCUUGACCAGAAGGAAGGGAGAAUACUGUGUUUGGGACUGUAUCUCAGCAAUCACUUGUUAAUGUAUUUGGGUCAAAUGAGAGGCCUCAAUAAAGACAUCUGGGGCAGCAUGAA